AUGAAUAACGAAAGUAGUUCUGAGUCAAGCAAGAAUAAGUGCUGGAAAAUAUUGUUCUUAAAAAAGUGGCAUCCUCAGCCAACAGUUUAAGGAACUAAAUAUCUGUUUUUUUUUGUUGGAAUAAUAUUUAUCAUAUUUGGUAUUGUGAUAAAUAUUUUCAAUGCAAAAAUAAAAGAAAAGUAAAUAGAUAACUAUGAAGAUCUAUGCAAAGGUUAGACAUAGUGCAAAAUUCCUUUUACCUUAAAUGAAGAUUUCACUGAUACAGUGUAUUUUUUUUAUGGACUUGACAAUUUCUAUCAAAACCAUCGUAGAUACAUUAAAUCAAAAUCAUCUUCUUAACUUUCAGGAUCAACUAUAUCUAGCUCAGAUGCAAAUACAUUCUGUAGUCCUAUUGUUCAUAAUUCAGAUCUUCUUCCAGAAUAACAAUUUUAAUUUAAUAAUAAAUAAGCAGCUCUUAAUCCUAAUGAAAUUGCUUAUCCUUGUGGGUUGAUUGCUAGAAGCUUUUUCACUGAUACAUUUGCAUUAUUUCAUGCAGAUUCAUCACCCAUUAAUAUAGAUGAAUCAGGUAUUGCAUGGCCUGAUGACAAAGGAAAUAAAUUCAAAAUGGAUAGUGCACAUAAGGAAAGGUAUUGGAUUAACGUUGAAGAUGAACAUUUUAUUGUUUGGAUGCGUACAAGUGGUCUUCCUAAUUUCCGUAAAUUGUGGGGUAUAGUUAGAUAAAAUCUACCUAAGGGAGACUAUUAUAUUAUGGUAAAUAAUAUAUAUGAUGUUAGCAAUUUCAAAGGACACAAAAACAUUAUUUUAUCAACCAGCGGACCUUUUGGUGGAAAAAAUCAAUUUCUUUCUAUAGCAUUUAUAGUUGUUGGUUCAAUUUCAGUUUUGAUUGCAGUUGCAUUCUUUAUCAAAUAGAGAACUACUGAUAAUAGAUUUGGUAAUUCGAGACACUAAGAUUGA